CUUUGUCAGUACUUUCGCCGUCGUCGGGUUCUAACUUUAACUGUUCGUUACUCAUACGCCGUGUGGCACGUUGCGGCUUUAUCAACUUGCUAAUUGGAUUGUCUGCUGCUGUCACAACAUUGCAACAGUGGCUGCCACUGACUCCCCAAUAACUUCCUACGUUGUAAUAAUCAAUAGUUUCUUUUGUUUUGUUCAGUAACGUGUUUGUUUUCGCGCUUCUCGUCCCUUACUUUCUUUCGCGAGUGUGUGUGCCGGCGUGUGUGUUUCUGUGACAACGUGCCAGCGGCAAAACAAACGACAGCCCAACAAUAACAACAACAGCAACGGCAACGGCAACAAAUCGCAGCAAAUGCAACGACAUUUGUAACACACUUUUCCAACCGCACCAACCCAACUGGAAUACUUGGUUUUUAUUUCGCUGACAACUCUUGGGAUUUACCUAUACUGCAUCUUAAUGUCGUACAGUACGCGCCAUAAGUACUGUUCAAACCACUUGGCGGCCACAACUGCCGCUGCCCAAAGAGUUACAGCUGGCCGAUGAGCAACAUAGCGCGGACGAUACAAAGGCCACGAACAGGAUUAACGCAGACAACAACACCAACACAAGCAACAGCAACAACAACGAAGACAACGAUUACAACCUUAACAACAGCCAACCUCUGAGUCCAGCACCUAACGCGGAGGAAAUGGAGCGCCUGCGCAACAGCGGUUCAAUGAGCGGCUCACAGCAGCUGACAAAUAAACAGAAAUGGUCGUUUGGCCGAUUAUUUCGCAAGAAGAAGGACAUUGAGAGCGGCUCUUCGAGCGAAGAGGAUCGAAAGGCGGGAUUUGUGCCCGCACAGCGCCAAGGUGCAGGCAAACCGAAGACUAAGCAUUCGAAGGCACAGCGCAAAGCGCUCGGCUUCGAUCAUAUUGUGGUGCCGCCACAGCAGCAGCAGCAGCAACAACAGCAACAAUAUCAGCAACAAACUGAACCACAGGCGCAUCAUCAAUCGCAUCAGCACAUCGACAAUGAGUUCUUCUUACCAGUGGAAAUGGUGCCACAGGAGCCCUACUAUCAGAAUCAACAGCAGUACCAGCAGCGAGGCUAUUAUGGCAGUCGCUCUACCAAUUCAUUGGAUCGUCGCAUGUUGGCGGCCAAUGCCACACAUGUGCCUCACAAAUCGCGCUCGGCCCAGCGAGGUGCUCUCCAGAAGUCGGGCAGUGGUGCCCACUCGAGCGAGGAGGAGCCGGAAAUCAUUUCGCUGAACUCCUCCACCUUUUCCAAAUACCGCAGCGACGAGAGCAUUCAUAGUGGCGGACAGGCGCUUCAACAAGGCGGACAGAGUCGACGCAGUCGGGCCGCACGCAAUGAACGCUACUACAAGCGAUUGUCGCGGGAUGGUGAGCAGAGUCAUGGCGGUGUGCCGGCUCAGGUAAUGCAGGCCCAGCCGCCGGCACAGCGUUGGAAGACACAGCCGGUACCUUUGUCUAUUUAUCAGCCACCCCCACAGCAGCAGCAACAGCAAGCACAUCCGCAUCAGCGACUGCGCAACACAAGCAGCUUGCAGAAUAUGCAAACACCCUAUGUGCAAUGGCAUCAGUUGCAACAACAACAACAGCAACAGCAGCAACAACAACAACAACUUCAACAGCAGCAAAAACAACAGCCUCAAUACACACAGAAGGGUCUGCAGAACGCCAUGCAGCAGGAUGGCAAGCGUAGCAUCAGCUAUGACAGUCACAUUCAUUUGCAAAAUGUCAAUGGAAGAUUGCAGAGCAAGCCAUUGCCGCCGCCCCCACCUCCGCGGGAUCCAUUGCGACGCGUGCAUGUCGGCUCCCAUCUGGGAAAUGGCAGUUCGAGUGAUUUGCGCCCCGUCUCCUAUGCCUUCGAUCAGUGUGGCGUGCCUGUUUUGGGUUUGGGCGGUCGCUGCGUCUCCGACGAUCGCAUCUGGCAGCCACAAAUGCCGCAAUACCAAUCCGUGCACUCCCUGAACACACCCAGCUCUUCCAUUGUGAGCGCACCCGCUACCAAUGCGCAUCAUCGUCGCUUCAUAACGCGUGCCGAGCGCGAUGCACAACCUGGCAAGAAGUCGCUGCCCAACGGCAUUGAUUUCCAUUAUGUGGCCGAUGCCACACCACGUUCCAGGAAACCCAUACAUAUGCUGGACGCAACGUCAGCCACGGGCAGUUCCCUGGCUGUGGGGGAGUCGCCGCCACCAUCGAGCGGCAUUUUGCGUACCUCAAAGAGUGGUUUACCGACGCCACCUUCCACACCAGCCUCCCAUGCGGCUAGCGAAUUCUGGCAGCGUUUGGACGAGGGCUCGCAGCGUCUAACACGUGGUCGCAGUGUAGCCGAACCGGUGGCCAAGCCACGCUCUAUUAGCUCCUCGCGUGUGAACGAGUUACGCAGCUAUCCCAUACCCAUGUACUCGGAGGUGCAGAAACCAAAGCGUUCGCAACAAGCCGCACCACCACCAAUGCGCGAUGAGGUCGACAAUGUUAUCUGCGGCAGCUUGCACAUCAAACCCAGCGAGCAUAGUCAGCAGGAUAACUAUGUGGAGAUACGUAAUCGUGAUGUGCACAAAACGAACUCGAUGCCGCAUCAUUAUCAGCGACGUUCCGGUGAUUAUACAGCUCCAACUACCCCCACUACACCCAAUAAGUACGAUGAGUAUGUUGCUGAGAAGCGGGAGCAGCAUCAACAGGCGCCUAUAUUCUCCGCCGCUCCCCCUCUGCCCGAACGAAAGCCCAGUGCCCCGGCCAUUUACUUUCCGCGCAAGAAACCCGCCAAUCUGGAAGAGGCCAUCAAUGAGCUGGAAGCCAUAUACAAGUCGUUGGGGCUAACAGAACCGCCAGAGCCGAAGCAGCCGACAGUGGCACCAGCCGUGCCCGCUCCACGAGUUCGUGUGCCGACGCCCAGUGACUUCGAUAAGUUCGCCUUGGCUCAUGCUGACGAGUAUAACGAUGAGGAUUCGCCAACUGGCGAGCCCGAUCCAGUGCGCGAUGAUGUAGCCUAUCGAAAUCUUCAGUUGGCCAAUUUACAGCACAGAGCAUCAGAGAAGCAGCCACCCUUUGGAAUACCAGUUGGUCCCAUUGUUCCAGCACCACAAUCGGACUAUCUGCACGUAGAGCCGGUGCGUGAGAAGAAGAAGACCAGCUCACCGGACAUUGUCAAGGAUGAUCUGGCUGUUCGCGCUCUACGUAAGGAUCCUCCAGGUCCCAAGCCACAUUUUGUUUACCCCACGGGCGCUAUGCAAAAGAAACAUCGGGCCACACGCACCCAAUCGGCCAACAUCUACAAUUUGAUUCAACGAGAUGCGGCCAAACCUUCUGGUGGGGACCUUCGUAGCUACAUGGAGCUUACACGUAGCCUAGAGCGUGCUGGUAGCAUGUCGGAUCUACAUAGAGAGGCCGACACCAGUGACAUACCCGCCACUCUGGAUCUUCUGCGCAAACUGAAAGCGCAGGACGAAGAAGCAGCAUCCGCCAAGAAGCCGCACAUACCCUUCCGGCAUCCCAGUCAGGGUGGCGCCAUUGCCCAGCUUCCAGAACGCUUGACCAAUGCCAUCGAGGCACAGAAGACACCCGUGCCACUGCCACGCAAGAGCCUAACACCCGAGCCCAUCAUAGGUCAUCAUCAAAUGGAAGACGCGCUGAACAAGAUUGCCCAAGACGCUCAAGAGAGCAGUAUUAAGUUGAGCAAAGAACUGCAGGAGUUGCGAAAAGAGGCGCUCAUCACAUCUGCUCGCCCCAAACUGAAUGCCGAGGAGCAAAAGCUGGAGCAAGAGCUGCAGGAGAUUGAAGCCGUGUCGGAGGCAGCUAAGCGCUGUGGCAAAAUGCUUCUAGACACCCUACCCGAUGCACACGAGUUGCCUGAGGAGGUGUCAGCCAAACCCGCUCGGAAGCUACACAAGGAGGGAAAACUGAUCAAGGCGAUUGAUCAGGUCUCGGAGGCAGCCAAUGCCGUGUGUGAGAAGAUUCUCAAGGAUAUUGUGACCACCGAACCACCAGUCAUUGUGCACGAGGCUAUACAAGUGAAGCAGACGACGCCAUUGGCCACGUCGACAUCUGCGGACCAACCCCUAGUCAUGCCGAUACUUAUCAAGAAACUGGAUCCCAUACAAUCGGAGAAGAUUGAGGCCAUUGCCAAUCGUUGCAUGCGUCAAAUAAGCGAACUAGCGGCUGAAACGGCGGACUAUGACAAUCUGCAGAAUGCUGCUGCCUGUAAUAUGAACACUGGAGCUGGCGGCAACUCAGCUGAACCCACUCUCAUUUCUACCGUUCCAGAGGUAGUCGACCAGCAGCCAAAGACACGGGCCCAAGUCAAGGCGCAAACGCUCGAUGAUAUUGAUAAGAUCAUGCAGGAGUGUGAACGUCAGGCGCGCAACAACAGCCAGUCCACCAAGCACUCAGAUGUGUCCACAGAUGAUCAGCGUACGACGGCGCCGAGCAUGACGAGCAGCAGUGGCAGCGCGCAGGCGCAUCCAAGCACCACAGCAUCAUCCUUCUCCUCGUCCAGCGAUUGCCUAGCCAAAUCCUCCAGCCCAACGAACGCCAGCCGGCCGCUCUCCUCCAGCAUUACCUCGUUCAAUCCGUACUCCUCGAGCGACUACAUCAAGUCGCCGAGCAGCGAGUACACACAUGCACCCAGCACCGACCCCAUUAAGACCUUCAGCACCACGUCGUACGACGUGAAGUCGACCACAAGUGCUACACCAAACAUAACGAGCGGCAUGCACAGCACCAGCACGAGUAGUACGAAUUGCACCGACAACAAUCAAACCGCCAGUGCACCACCGUAUGUCUAUGCGCCGUCGCAGUCGCCAUCGCCCUCGCCGCCGCUCAACUUGACGCCUGUGAGCGGUCGACGACAGCGCUCGUCUUCGCCCUCGCAGUACAACUCCUCCGAGGAGUUGGCCGCCAUUUUUGGCAUCGAGGAGCAGCCGAAGAAACGCUCCAAAAUGGCAAUAACUACAGAAUCGGUCGCCCCAACGCAAAGCAGCGAUUUAGUCAGCAAUAAUAGACGUGCGGCCUCAAGUGACUUAUCCACAGCAUCAGCCACUGCCAAAACUAGCUGCCAGCAAACUCAACCACAACAGCAACAACAACCCGUCUCUGACGAUUCUAGCUCCCAGUCUCGAGCCUAUCGCGGCCAGCACCCCCAUUUCCAUCAUCACACAGCGCCCGCGUAUUACACAGACGUCCACUUGCGGAUCCAUACACCCAAUGCAGCGGAUGUUGCGGCACUGAAUGAGAACUAUCAGAGUGUCUAUAGCACACCCACACAGUUGGUGGGUAAAAACGAGAGAUUCUUCCCAAAGAGCAGCACAGCGACGGUAGCGCCACCGCCCAUAGCAGCCAGCUCCCGUUCCAAGUCCCCAACACCGGGAGGGAGUAGCAUCCCAAAACAACAACAACAACAACAUCAACAGAAGAACCCGCUGCGCUCAGCAUUUUUUCGUGGCGACUCUGCGGCGAUCGACAACACAAGACGCCGAAAUUUCGAACGCUGCGUGAAAUCAUCGCCAGCGUGUGCGAGCCCCACAAAAGGUGACGAACCACAAGAAACAACAAUUAGCUCGGCUUCUAAGGUUGCUUCCCCAAUUCAAAAAGUCCAUAGUAGUCGUAGUCUUAGUCCCCAAACUGCAGAAGUAGCGCCCGUAUCCGCUAGUCUAGUCUUUGCCUGCACCAACUUCAAGCCCAGCAGCAGUGUUGAGCAGCCGGCGGCCAGUGUUGAGCAACCAUCCUCAUCGGGCCGCAGCAGUCGGCAGCGGUUUGCCAGUCGCUCGAAACGCGCUGUGCGCGUGCGCAGCGAAUCACGACCUAUCAGCGCACUCUAUGACAUAAUAUGCAAGGAGAAGGGCCUCGACAUAGGCGAUACAACGACCACCAACGACGAGGAGGAGCACGAAAGCAGGGAGAGGGACAAGGAGAGAGACAGAGACAGGGAGCAGAAGAGGAAGGUCGACCAUUUGGCGCAACAGUCGCAAAUAGACGCAUCACAAACGAACGACACGCUGGCGACCUUUUGGGCAUUGCAUCAGGGCUACAACAACAAUGCGGCCGCAAUGAGCAGUGGCGUGCGCAAUCCCAAUCCGAAUCCCAAUUCCAGUAACUCACACGAUGGCCCAAAGCGACAGCUGGCGAAGAAGAAGCGCCAGUUGACCAAACAGCUUGCCAGUAGCGAUGAUGAUGACGAUGCCGAUGGCAAUGCGCUGCACUCUAGUCACAAGCAAACGAAUCUGCUGGCCAACAAGGCAGCCUCAUUGCCACCACCGGAGGCCAAUGCUGCUUCUCACUCAUUAUUACUAGCCAACAAUUACCUCAAUGAGAAUGCCUCAACUUUGCAACCGGAAUUGCCGGAGGCGCCGGUGAAUACCCCACGAUUGGCUGCACUGCAUGACCGCUGCUCCAAGAGCCUUGAAUCUUCGGCGAAGACAGCGCCGGCGCCCUCCAUCGAUGUGCUUAACUAUGCGGGCCAACCAUUCAGUACAGCCCGAAUGUUUGUCGAACCGCCGAAAAUGCCGAUGCCAGACCUAAAACGAAGACUGGUCACGGCCUCUGGCCCGGCCGCCGAGCCCGAUGAAAAAGCCAUUGAUGAUGGCCCGGACAUCUGUGGUCGUCUAGCCAAGGAAGAUGAGGCUGCGAUUAACGCUGAUGCGGGCUAUCAGGGCGAGGUGCUGGAUACAUUAGCACGCUGGCAACAGGAACUCUGCCCAGCAACCACUAGUAGUAGUAGUUGUGCCAACCACGAUAAUUUGUUUGUAAACGGUGCUAAUGGUCAUCAAUCACCCACAACACAUCAUCAGCCUCAAGUAGAACAACAUCAUUCAACAGAAUAUCAUUCGAAUACAAACCAUCAUCAUUCGACUCAGCAUCAACAUCAACAUCAGCAUCAAGCCACCAAUGCGCGCAGAUUCAUAACGCGUACACCGCGCUCCGCGAGUCGCCAAAGUGUCCACUCAUCACCACCACCACCAGCACCACUAACAACAACAACAACAACAACAGGAGCAGUCCAUUAUCGCAGCGACUCCUCCUCCUGUUCGCCAUCGCCAACCCGCAGGCGACACUCGCCGCAAGCUCCAGAAGAUUAUUGUUACUCGGCCCUUGGCGAUCAUAACUCGUCGGCGAACGGCAACAGUUCGGCUUAUGAGACGGCGGCCACCAGUGUGAUGACCCACAACACAGCCACCUUGGCGCCACAACAGCAACAACAACAACAAAAACAACAACAAGAGCAUCAGGCAGGCAACGCCGUCGUAGUUCCUAAACCAGCACCCGUGCCCAGCUUGGAGGCGCCUCAAUCCGCAACAGCAGUCAUCAAACGUGCCGACAGUGGACAUUUGACAGCUGACGUCAGAGGUAAAGCUGCCAUUGUUGCCGCCAACGCCAAAUGCAACGUUAAUUGCAAUUGCAACAACAAUCACAACAGCAGCAGCAGCAGCAGCAGCAACAACAACACUCACUCCACAUACGCCAACGCCCACGCUAACGCCACGCCCAUGCCGCCUCUCGCUAAUGCCAACAAUGCGCCGUUAAUUGUGCUGAAAGCCACAACAGCAGCAGCAGCAGCAGCAACAGCAACAACUACAACUUCGGCAACAGCAGCAGCCGCAACUUUGGCGCCCUCGCCCACGAAGCGUCGAAAGAAUCCAUUGUCGCCAUUGCGAAUUAACAGCUCAUCCUCCCCAGCCUCAGCUUCGGCUUCGGCUUCGGCUUCAGCCUCGACAGCUCCUUCGUCUUCAUCUUCGAAUCAGCAUAGUCCGCUUUUAGGCGCCAGCACCUCUCCGGCCGUUCGCACUAAUAAGACGAGUCGCUUGCGCGCCGCUGCGCUUGACAAGAAAAAGGAAGAGGAAUUGCAUCAGCGCCAUCCACGCUACAGCUCUCCCUCCUCGCCGCGUCAGCCCACGACCCCAACGGCACGUCGUCUCAGUUCCUGCGAGCUUUCGCCGAAAUCGCCCAGCGGUUCCCUAUCCGAGCCUAGUGCCGCCAUCCCCUGCAGCAGCAACAGCAGCAGUCGCCUGCCUGUACGUUCUGCUUCGCAGCCGGCGGAGACGUCACCGGUGAGCCGCCGACUUGUGCCCACAGCUACCAUCUCCAUGAAACAGAAUCUCAGCGAACUUCAUUUCAUGGGAGGCAGUCCACCGAGUCCGCAGAAAACUACGGCUGAGUGUACGCUGCGCAUGCGGCCGCGCAGCUCCACAAUGUGCACGGAUCGAGAGACCAAUGGGAAGCAGUCGCAGCAGCAGCAGCAGCACCGAGACAACCUGACAACCCUGCAACUGAGUCCGGUUCAGAAGCAGCAGAAGCAACGAACGCCCGAUUGCUCACCCCGUCGCCUUGGAGACCGCGACAAAUCGGCGAAACGUAAAUCGAAUUUAAAUCGUUCCCAAAACGAGGAAGCUACACAGGAUGGUGACGAUGCGUUGGCCACACGCCGCCGUCGACGUCGUGAACUGGGCAUGGCUCGUGCAUUGAUCCCAGGCGAAGAUGCUGUGCUGCGUGAACUUCUACAGUCCCCGCAAAAAUCCUCAUGCAGCGAGUCCACGGCCAACUCCAAGUCCGAGCCGAGUCGCAGCUCGAAGUCAUCGGCAGCAAACAGCAGCAAUAAUAGCAAAGCCAUAAAUGUGCCCCCUUUGCUGCAUCCCGAGGUUCCUGUACGCACGCUGACAGCUGUGCUGCCACCGCCCAAAUCCUUGAUUGGCACAUCACGCGUGAGUCGCCGCAGCGAUACUUUGCCAUUGGGGGGUGCAUUGCGCAAACAGCGCACUGAGGAUGUCAAUCAUAAGGUCAACGAACGUACCAAAAGCGAUCUUGCCGAGAUCAUGAAGAUUGCUGAACAGGCCAAUGCAGCGGGCGGUGAUGAGGUCGUGAAGACGCACGAUGCUCGUGAAGAUCGUGAUGCUGGCGGUUACGAAGCAAUGCCCAUAUUGAAGAUGUCGCCCAUAUUGCGUCGCAAGAGCACGGAUGAAGCUCAGCUGUUGGCAAACAGUAACUCACAGAGCUCUCCCCCAGCGCCCAAUCAGAUUGUGUCCAUUCUGAAGAAGAAGGAACAUGCCUUCGGGGAGUGCAGCUCCGCUUCCAGCAACGCCUCACCAGUGACCUUCUCAGCUAAUGUGGUGGAUACGCCCACCAAACAUAAGCGUCAGGGCAUAUUGAAGAAGCGUUCCAGUCUGGACGAGUCACGUUAUUAUUCGCGCUCGCACUCGCCGGACGAGCGGAGCAUUCUAAUUAAGUCUGCGCGACGAAAUUCGUUGGAGGAGGCCCUGGGCAGCAAUUCCGGCCUAGCCCAAGCGCAUCUGCAUCAACAACAACAACAACAACAUGGUAUACUAAAACAGAGCAGCUACGACAGCAGCAAGAGCGAUGGCUGUCCCUCGGCCAACGAAUGUCAGCCUCAUAGCAUACUGAAGAAGAAGGAUUCGCUCUCUACUCCUUCAGAUGGGGGCGCACAUGUAUCCAAGCACGUCUCGAUAUCCCAGGCUGUUACUUUGGCUGCUGCCGAGCUGGGGCGCGCGGCAAACGAAGGAGAACAUCAUGCUCUGGACGACUCGUACGUAACUCCGAAUAAUGAAGAAUAUGAAAUACGGCCGAUUUUGAAACAAGAGAGCACAUCCAGCGAAGAGGCGGCUCGACCACCGAAGCCCAUACUAAAGAAGAAAUCCUUUAGUGAUGCCGAUGAGCAGGAAAUUCGACCCAUUCUGAAGACAUCCCGCAAGAGCAGUCGCGAAGAGUUCGAUCUGAGUGGCCUGCCCAACGAGGGUGGCGAAUGCAAUGGCGAACCAUCAGGAGUCCGACCCAUACUUAAAACGGAUUCACCUUCCAAACGUCGCUCCUUGGGCCACGAGUCGGGCGCCAAUUCCCCUGGAUUGCUGAAAAGACGCACGCGAUCCUUGGAACGUCAUGAUGUGCCGCCAGUGCCGGAUCUAGCGGCAGCGCUCAAUGCCAUUUCCUCGUCCCAGGCAGUUGCAUCCGCUGCGUCGCCCAGCUCAUCUACAAAUGUUGUUCCCGCUCCCACCAGCAGUCUGUCCGUGGCUGAGCGUAUUAAGAAUAUGGAAAAGCUAACUACGCCACCAGCGCGGGCGGCCAGCAUCAACACUAGUUGGGAAUCGCCGUUGCAGCACGGAGCAGAGACUGCAGCAGACCAGGGAACGCCUAAGCUGCUGAAGCCGAGCGUCCUCAGACGGGACCUCUAUCGUGAGCGCUACAAGACGCAGCCGGUGACUAGUGAGGAGAAGAACUUCUUCAAAGCCAACUUCACGCCCUUCGACAUCUCGGCCACGUCGGCCUUCAAGCCGACCAAACCGUUGGACAUACGCGCCUCACAACUGCAACAGCAACAGCAGCAACAACAACAGCCACUGAUAUCGCCCAUUACCGGCCAGCCACUGAGCAGCGUCCCGCCACCACUGUUGCUCUCCUCAUCCACUCACUCGUGCACCGGCGCCGGCUUUGGCGCCUUCAAGCUUUCGCGCAGCUCCACGCAGCCGCUGCAGUCGCCGCGCGUCGUCAGCUUGGCGCAGAGCACGUCAUCGAUUCCGCAUCUGCCGCAACCGCCGCAGCGCCAACAAUCUAUAAACGAUAGUGCCCAGAGUCUCAGCGAACAAUUGACGCUCUCCGUGGGCAACGACAGUGGACUGAUCUUCCAAAUGUCUGGUCUGGAGGAGGACUCGGCGCAUCAGUCGCUGGGCGACGAUGCCUCGACCACGCAAUCGAGUGGCGUCGGCGUGGGACGCAGCAACAGCGUUCGCGCACGCGCCAACAUGUUCCAGCAAUUGCAGGAGCAGACCCGCAAUCGCCGCGAGUCUGCCGGACUGGAGCAGUCGCCAUCGAGCACAGCAGUCAACCGUCAAUCAACCCCACGUCAUUCGCCACCACCGUUAACAGCAAAGUCCACGCCCUCCGCCUCCGUUUCCACGCACGAUGUAGAGCUGCGCACACCGAACACAACACGGGAUGCUGACGAAGAGUUCGAACCCUCAUCGCUCUCGCUGGCCGAUCGUCUGGCCUUCUUCAGCAGCCUGUGCGAGGGCGGCGGCGGCGGCGGAGGGUCCGGGAGCAGCGCCGGCCGCCUGCGCAGCCGCACGAGCAGCUACACGCGCAGUCCGCCCUACUCCUCCAUCGAGCGCUGCAGCAGCGUCAACUCGUAUAAUUCGCACAACUCGUGCAAUGGCAUCGGCGGCGCCAUUCCCACCACUCCCCGGAGCAGCACUACGACGAGCAGUGCCAGUGUCACGCCCACGCCCAUGCCCAUGGAAUGCUCGCCCAUACUGCACGAGGUGUGCGAGCAGUCGGAGAGCACGCUGGAGACGGCAACGCCGCUCCAGUCGGAGGCAGGCGUGUGCGUCUCCCCUUCGGCCUCCAUGCAAACGCUCAGCAAUGGCGGCGGCUACCAUGAGCUGAAGCGCUCAGCCACAGCCCCCAUAGGAAACCACAUGGACAUUGGGCAGCCAGCAGCGCCAGAGAAGGCGGCUGUGGACGGAGUCGGGGCGCCCACCGUACGACGCAUUCGUUUGCGCACAGUGGGCAAGCUGGUGCUGCCGCAGACAUUCCUCAGCGAUCGCAACAACAAUGUGAACAAUCAGAGCUGUGCGGCGCGCCUCCAGACGCUGGAGGAUCUGCAGGUGACGCUGGGCUCGCGCAAAAUUGGCAAAAUCAAGUCGCCGUUCAUCGAACAGCAGCAGCAUCAUCAUCAGCAGCAGCAGCAGCACUCCACGCCCACUGAGUUGUGCAGCAAGUCGCCCAAAUUCGACUACAAGUCGACGCCGCACAGCUAUGGAGUGAGCAGUGCGUCCAAGAUGCACAGCAGUGCCAGCGACAGCAGCGAUGACACGAAUGCCUCCGACUCCGGCAAAGAGAACUGUGCGGCCAAUCAGCAGCAGCAUCAGCAACAACAGCCGCCGGAGAGCACAAAUGGCGGAGGCGGUGGAGUACUGGAGAUGCGCCGCAAGCUGACGCGCUUGGUGAAUGGCGUUGGAGGUGGCAGUGGAGGUGGAGGUGGAGGUGGAGGCAGUGGCCAGCAGCAAACCAAAUCAGUGCCCAUUCAAAGACGACACACCACAGAGAUCAGCAACAGCAGCCUAACAAGUGCUGCCAACACCAACAACAACAAUAGGCGGCCCAACUCGUUUGUGGAUCAGCGAUUUGCCAAAUAUUUUGGACUGAAGGAGACCUUCGAGACGACAACCACUUGUGUGCCGCUGGCCAAAACCCAGUCGGCACCGCCACAACCACAGUCGCUGCCAUCCGAGGCCCGCAACGCUCAUGUGCGUCUGCCCGCCAACGGCGAGACCAACAAUCUCGUGCAGAAGCGUCGAGAGCUGCUGAAGCGCACACGCACCAUGACCCUGGAAAUAUCGGGACUGUCAGCGGGUCCUUGUCCGUCCAGUCCCACAUCGAUGCCCAGUGCCAAGCGGGCGCAUUCGCCGGCCGCGAAAACAACGAUGCGCAAAACGCUCAUCUCCUGCUUUGAGGAUAUUGUGAUCACGCAGGAGGAUCUGCACAAGGUGGGGCAUGAGUUCAGGCAGCUGGAUGUGACGCCCAAGGAAUUGUAUACGGCUGGCCAGGACUUCAAGCGACUCUUUGGCGAAAUACUGCAAGAAACUGUUGCUUAGAAUGGCCAAGGGAAUGAACGCUUGCCACAGCCGCCACAACCAUCGUCUUCCCUUUGAAAAAUUGUACAUUUUGGCUCAAAUUUCAAAAUUUCACAAAUUUUUCGACAUCGUCUUCAAAAUAUAUACAUAAUUGGCUAAUUCUGGUGCGGCUUGGCAACAAAAAGCAUUAAAAAUAAACUAUAAAUGAAGAGAGAGGCGCCUCUCUGCUGCUCUCUUAAAGUUUCUCUCUUUGCUCUUAGGUCAGCCCGUCAGCUGUUUGUUUAGUGCAUCCCUGAGUUGUGCUCAUUGUGAUAGAUGCGUCUCUAUUCCCUAUCUCCCUCGCUCGCGCUCCCUCUCUCUCUCUCUCUCGCUAGCACAGAGCGCUUUUAAGCUGACCCCUUAGUUAGUCGCCAAAACGAAACGAACUUAAAAACGAAAUGAAUUCAAAAUAUUUAGAUUGGAAAGUAAACAAGCAUUGUAAUUUAAAAAAAGAACAACAACAAACAUUUAAACCAUAUAUUUAUGUUAAAGAACAACGCGUGUAUUCCAUGGUUAAAGCAGGCCAGCAAACUUCCAGUUCAAGUUAACGAAUUAAUUAUGCAUUUUGCAAAGCCUUUUAUUUUAUUAUCAACACAGGCACAGGCACAUGCAUAUGCGUAUGUGUGUGCGUGUGUUGUAAACGAAUUGUACCUUAAACGGCAUUAUUAUUAUUAUUAUUAUUACAGUUAUUAUUAUUAUUAUAAUUAUUGUAAUAUUUAAAUAUACAUACAUAUAUAUACAUA